AUGGCCAAACUGAAACCCGAUGUACCCUCCUCCAAACACUCGUAUCGUCUCUCGACAAUAUGUCUCUCAUUCCACCGGCCAAUAUCCACGUGUUCUGUUGCUAUCCCGUUACUACCUUGCAUCGUUGAAUACCUGUAUACCUCUAUCGACAUGCAUGCACAAAGAAAGACAUCGCUUAUCGUGGUCCUGCUGGUCCUGGUUCCGAUUUUCCUUGCUGGUGGCUUGUUCGCCUUAGCUAUCGGCUGCGCCGCGUUCUGGAGCUCCAAACGGUUUACCACCUUUAGCCCAUGGUAUAGGCUGCGCCACCAACACGGGAAAGAAGAAGCCGUAACCCCUGAUCAUCAGACCAAUGCGGUCGAGGGGGACUCGAAUGGCCUCGAUGGUCAGGAGCCUGUUCGCGAGGUGGAACAGGUUUAA